AUGUCGCCUAAAGUGUCUUUCCUGUGGAAUUUCUUUGAUCCAAAGCCUGAUUUUAAAGCGCGCUGUAAAUUGUGUAAACAAGUGUUGGCAUAUAAAUCAACAACAAAUAAUUUAAAAAAACACAUGAUGAGAAGACAUCCAACAGUUAAUUUAAAAGAAGAGAGAGUUGACACUGUUAAGAGUGGUGAUUCAUUAGACCAACCCUCAACAUCAGCAACCACUUCUAAAGAAGAUUUGUUAACAAGUACAGCACUGACGUCAUCGGCGACUACUUUUAAGGAGGAUGAGAUUACAGAUCCGACUUUAUCACCAACAUCGUCAACUAGAGCACCUGAAAAGAAAAAAACAACACUAAGAGCGAAGCAAGUGACAAUGGGUAGUUUUCUUCGGAAAAAAAUGGGCUCUGCUGCCUGCGAAAAAAUCGACGAUGCUCUAAUGCUGCUAUUUACCAAGGACAUGCAACCGUUCAGUAUUUUAGAGGAUGUUGGAUUUCGACAAUAUACCGCCGCUUUAAAUCCCUCGUACAAAUUACCCUCACGGAAGACAGUAACAAAGUCAAUGUUACCAAUAAAAUUCGCAGAAGCCCAUUUAGGUCUAAAAGAGGAGAUAUCUAAAAUAAAAGCCUGCACACUGACAACCGAUACUUGGACAUCUAGAACUACAGAGAGUUAUAUGGCCGUCACUGCACAUUUUGUAAAUGAAAAUUUUGAACUACAAUCUAGAUUAUUAGAUUGUUCUACUUUUUUGGAAAGCCACACCAGCAAAAAUUUAGCACAGGAACUAAUGAAAAUAAUUGUAGAAUGGGAUUUAAAAGAAAAAGUUAUAAUGGUUAUUAGUGAUAAUGCUGCAAAUAUUAAAAAAGCAGUGAAAGAAGAACUUAAGUUACGACAUUUGGGUUGCUACGCACACACUAUAAAUUUAAUUUGUCAGUCUGCAUUGGAGCACGUUAAAGGUGCUCUAGAAAAAUUAAAAUCAAUUGUAACUUUCUUUAAGAAAAGCACGACUGCAACAGCCAAACUCAAUGAGCAGCAAAGAUUUUUGAACAUCGCACCAAAGAAGUUACUUCAGGAUGUAGCAACGAGGUGGAACUCCACAUUUUAUAUGUUAGAGAGAUUUGUGGAGUUAGAACAGCCUAUCAGGUCUACAAUGGCAAUUCUGGAUAAAGAUUUGCCAGUUAUAUCAUUGGAGGAGUGGAAUUUUUUUAAGGAACUGGUGAAAAUAUUAAGGCCAUUAGAACAAGUUACAAAAGAAAUUAGUGGAGAACAUUAUUUAACUGCUUCUGCAGUUAUUCUCAUGAGCGAUGGUUUGCGCGACGUAUACAAUAAUUUGAGAAGACAAGAUUUUAAAGACUUAUCUCUUGCAAUGAUCAACACGAUUUUAGAAGAACUCUCAAUACGGCUAGGAAACUUGGACCAAAGUAGUUCGCUUACAUUUGCAACAUUUAUGGACCCUAGAUAUAAAAAUUUUGGUUUUUCGAAUGCAGCGAUAGUGGACAAAACAAAAAACCAAAUAAUAUCUUAUGUUGUCCAAGUUAUAAACAAGAAAAAUACAGAGACAGCUCAAGAAAAUCUAGAGAACGCGGAAACUAGAAGUAUGGCCCAUCAAGGAUCAAUUUGGGAAAAAUUCCAUCAAAGACGAGCGAAUCAACCGAAAAAUACGGCGACAUCAAAAGCAAUUGUCGAAGUACAAAGGUACAUGGAGGAACCUCCUAUUGAACGAGCAGAAGAUCCUCUGGCGUGGUGGAAAGCAAAUGCAUAUUCAUUUCCAUAUUUAGCAGAGGUUCUCAAGGAACGACUUGCAGUGGCGGCUCGUCAUAUGAGGCAAGUGAGGCGGCGCCUCACAGCAUAUAUCUUAAGAACAGAUUGA